AUGCAACCUCUAAACCCAUUCCUCAGUGCUUUUGCCAAGAGCCCUUAUCUCGCCCAGUGCUCGCCCCCUCAGCAGCACAUCCUCCUUGUCCCGACCACCGAUGUCAUUCUUGACUCCCGCGACACCGAGACGGGCGCGCCCUUGUCAGCUUCCGUAGCCUCCGAUGAGUUCAUCGGGAGCCAUGUGCUGCGCAUCCUUCCACCCAAGGGGGGCCCUGGCGCGGGAGCCAAGGAACCUACGCAGAAUCUCCGUGAGAUGAAGGGCAAACCCAAGCUAUACAGCACCAUCAAUGGCAGGACCAUUGUCAUCAAGGACAACUAUGUCUACAGCAACAAGGGAUUCAGGGCCUUGGCCCAAGCCAACCUUCUCCACGACGCCCUUUGGUACCCCGAUACUCUCGAGCUUAAGCAGUUCCUGGUCUAUUUCAUAUCACGCCCGCUGGUCGGAUCAUGGGAGGAAGUCAACAUCCCUCCGGCCCUACUGCCGCCCGAACCAACCACCCGACCCAAACCUAUAGCAGCUGCGUCGGACGCACCGAAAAAGAAGGACAUUAGGAGCUUCCACGAACUCCUCAAUCAUUUUCCCGCCAUUGCAAGGCAGAUGCAAAAUGGUCUCGAGAAGCUGUUCCGCGAGUUCACCCUUGUAGUCGAACGACCACUACCGCCACCUCCCUCUGCGAGCGUCAUCCCAGACCCAGAACCCAUCAAUGGCCCCAUUACACACGCGGUUCGAAGUGUACGAUCGAACAGCACAGGAAGUAUCAGCUUCACAAGGAACACGCAUGGUGACCACUUGACCGAGAGCAUAUACAGCCAGGAUGAUGAGGACAUUAUGAGGGUGGCUCUGGAGACCGCUGUAACGUCAGCCAUUGACCUCUUCCAAAAUGUCGAUAAGCAACAAUUGUCUUUGUUGGGCGCAACUACCGACUUGACUGGACCAGUUGUCGAACGUAUGAUUGAACGUUAUCUGGGAAUCGCUAUGGACGGUGGGUCGCGAGCAAAGCGUGAUCUCAUCUCUCGACUGGGGCGUGCGGUGGACGAGUUCCGCAAAAUGACAAACGCCAGCUGUCCUCAGGAGAUGAUGGAAAUUCUUCUUUCUACUGCCAAGGCUGCAACGCAGCUCGCUUUACCUGAGCCUCCGCAGACGCCGGGGCCAGCUUCGGAAAAGCCCAUUUUGACCAUCAACGCUGAUACCCUCGUAUCUCUGCUGCUGUAUGUUGUCAUCAAAGCUCGGAUUAAGCACCUCCAAGCGCGACUAAGCUAUGUUCGACACUUCAUCUUCAUCGAUGAUGUUGAUAGUGGCGAGAUCGGCUAUGCACUCAGCACCUUCGAGGCUGUUUUGGCGUAUCUUGACCGUGAUUCCGGCGGGUUACGGCGAGCCAGUCGUCGGAACAGAGCCCUUUGGGACGCGGUGUCAAAAGGCGACAUCGUGGAGCUGAAGAAAAUCAUGGAACCAGAAACGUAUUCCAGCGACGACGCCUACUAUGCAGUCGAACCCCGGCCUUCUUCACGCAGGGCAUCGGGAAAUGAGUGGAACUUCGCGAAUGGGGGUUCGAGUCUGUCUUCAACAGCCUUUUCCGUAUCGGAGCGUUUCUCUGAAGGUUCUGGUCUCAGUCACGUAUUUCCGUUCCAGGAUGGAGCAUCCGAUGACAUCGACAUUGAUCCUUACGAAGCUGAACCACUGCCUCUGCCAAAGAAAGUCAAAAGGGUAUCAAUGGACACUCGAAGUAUGUCACUGUCGAGCAGCUCGGAGAUCUCAUUUAGGUCUAGGACAGCCAGCAUCACCACGACAUGGACAGGCGGAGUUGAAGGCGACACUAGUAUUGAACGCCUCGCCCAGACCACCGAUGCACUUGGGGAGUCAGUACCGAUGAUGGCCAUCCAAAACGGCCGUGUUGAGGUCUUGGAGUAUCUGCUGUCACUGAGCCAGUAUUUCCCUGCUCAUGUCCUGUUGGAAGACCAGAACAACGCGGGCACGACAUUGAUGAGCGCUGCGGUUCAGUUGGGUGAAGCCAAAGUCAUCAACAUGCUGUUGAACUUGUUCCUCGAAUCAACGCCGCGCGAUCAGCUUAGAGAUUAUCUCGCCAGACAAGAUACAUGGGGUCGUAGUGCUGCGCAUUACCUCUUCCACGCUCCCUUCCUAAUAAAACUUAUAGGCGAGAUGCUACCAUGGCGGCAGAAGGACAAAAACGGACAAACACCAUUAUUCGCGUUAUGUCGGUCGUAUGAUCAUGCCAACUACUCCGUCAUGGUAGAGGAGGGCCUUGACUUUGCCACGAGAACUCAGGGCGAUGGUCAGCCUCUGCACCUGGAUGAACAUGUCGAUGUCAAGGGCAAUACCCUUCUGCAUAUCAUCAACGACCCGAAGCUUGCGUUACAAAUCCUGCAACAUUGCGAUGUUGAUGUCAAUGCAACCAACGAAAAGAGGUUUACCCCUCUGAUGCUGGCCAGCAAGUAUGGGCGUUUCGAUAUGGUGCGAGUGCUCUUCGGAGAUCCUCGCGUCGAUGUUGCGGCCAGGGAGCUUCGAGGUUUGACAGCCGUAGAAUUGGCCAAGGACGACGAGGUCCGCAACAAGAUCGACGAUCUCACCCUGUUCUCGCUCAUACCGGGCUCCGACUCACGCACAACGGGUGUGGUACGAUCCUAUUUCGUUGAGGAUACCUCCAUCCGUUUUGUGCUGAAGUCGGGGGCACCGGUCGACCGGUAUAGUUAUGCCGUAACGACGUGUCGUCGAUCUCUGACGGACUUUGAGCACCUUGUCAAGUUGCUGGAGAUAGAGAACCCUUCCUCAUGGAUACCGUCUCUGGCGGAUGUGCGGUCGCCGACACAGAUUCUUUCCAGGCCAAGUCGAGCGGUACUCAAGGAUCUCCAGAUUCGUAUGGAUUGGUUCUUACGGGUACUUUUGGCGCAUCCCACGUUUGCUACUCAUGAGAUGCUUUGGGAGUUCUUCCUGGUGCCUGACUUGCAGCUUGACAUGAUGGCCGAACGGAGUAGGCUCAAGGCGGAAGCGCUAACGGAGAAAAUCCAUGACGAGAUGGAGCCUGUCAUAGACCUAAGGGAGGUUGAGCAAUUUGUCGAUCAUGCUCGUGAUAUCGUCAGGAGCGUGCACUUUUCUACCAGGAGUGUGGCCCGGAGGGCGAACGUAGUCGGAAACGUUGCCAUGGCCAUCCUCCGCGCCCUCGCCAAGCCGCCGCGAACCAUUGCCAAGAUUGUCUCCAUUCGCCGCGAGGCCGAGCGCAACUACAACUCGCUCAACCGCUCGUCGCGUUGGCCGCUCGGUCUUUUGGAUGAGACGAGGCAGCGGAUGAACGAGGAACGAGAGGAGAAGGUCAAGAAUGCGGAACGCGAGGCGGAGAUGUUGGGAAAAGAACUAAGGUAUGCCCAGCAGACGGUAGCGGGCGAACUGGCGGGGUGGAGGGAUAUGCAUGAAAAGAUGGGACGGAGGGCGAUUAGGGAGUUGGCGAGGGGGAUGUUGAUCUUGGAGAGAGGACGAAUGGAGGGGUUGAAGAGGGCUUUGAGGAAGGUCAAGGCGGUUGAGGCCGGAGGGCUGACGGGUUUGCGGGAUAGUGCUGUUGAUAGGAAUUCAGUUGGGUCCCAGUUAACGAAUGGUGGGACGGCGGCAGAUGGAGCGGUAAGUUACCUCGCCGCCCCUUUGGGUUCCGCCGCGGGGGUCUUUUAUUUCAAUUUCGUUUCUUUUUUUUUGUUUUUUGUUUGGUUUCGACACAGUCGACAAUAA